GUAGUUUCACUUUCUUUUCUUUUCUUUCCUGGGUGUAGUGAAUGUGAAUUCUUUGCUUCAUUUGUUUCUAAUGUUCUUUUAAUUCUUUAUGCUAUAGGGUGCCGUGAAUGUGGUUAUGGGAAAUGCUCCAGAUAUUGGUGAUGCUUUACUCGCAAGUUCACAGGUGAGAAAGAUCACAUUCACAGGCUCAACGGCUGUUGGAAAGAAGUUGAUGGCCGGUUCUGCUGAGACUGUCAAAAAGGUUUCUCUUGAACUUGGUGGCAAUGCACCUUGCAUAGUCUUCGAUGACGCAGACAUAGAUGUUGCAGUAAAAGGAACGCUUGCAGCAAAGUUUCGUAACAGUGGACAAACAUGUGUCUGUGCAAAUAGAAUACUUGUUCAAGAAGGUAUCUAUGAGAAAUUUGCUAGUGCUUUUUCAAAAGCUGUACAGGAUCUGCAAGUUGGGAACGGCUUAAGCGAAGGGGUGGCUCAGGGUCCACUAAUAAAUGAAGCCGCUGUGCAAAAGGUUGAAUCCUUUGUUCAAGACGCCAUCUCAAAGGGAGCAAAAAUCCUUCUUGGUGGUAAAAGACAUAGCCUUGGGAUGACCUUUUAUGAGCCUACAGUAAUCAGCGAUGUUGAGAGUGAUAUGCUUUUAUCAAGAAACGAAGUUUUUGGACCUGUGGCGCCUCUAUUGCGGUUCAAAACUGAGGAGGAAGCUGUCCGCCUUGCCAAUGACACUAAUGCGGGGCUGGCUGCUUACUUCUUCACAAACAAUGUUCAACGUACAUGGCGUGUCUCUGAAGCACUCGAAUAUGGACUCGUUGGUGUCAAUGAAGGCCUAAUUUCAACAGAGGUGGCUCCAUUUGGAGGUUUCAAACAAUCUGGUUUAGGACGAGAAGGCUCAAAAUACGGAAUGGAUGAGUAUCUGGAAAUAAAAUACGUCUGCUUGGGAGAUAUGAACAGAAAAUGAGGUGCAACGUCUGUGACUUGACGACGAGUUAGAAAGCUGCAACUCCUUAAACAUGAUUUCUUUCCCAAGUAAUAAACUGUGCGUUCUAUCAGUUCGCAAGUAAUAAAAUCAAUAUAGCUGAGAAUGGUCGACGCUAGUAACAUGAAAGGAAAAGUAUGUAUAUUCUCAACCACAUCUUGGAAUUUACCAUGCAUGUAUGUUGUGUAAUAUAACACAUAACUGCUUUCAUCACUCGAUUUUGUUUUUCUUUUGGUGUGAUCUGGGAUUCAUUC